AUGGCCGACGUCGACCUGGCCAGCCUCUCGCCUGGCCAGCAGGAGGCUCUCCAACAGUACACGGCCCUCACAAACCAAGAGCCCAAGGACGCAGUGCCGCUUCUAGAGCGGUCGCAAUGGAAUGUGCAGAUUGCAAUCACAAAGUUCUUCGACGGCGAGGGCCCCGACCCCGUAGCAGAGGCACAGGCACAACAGCAACGAGCACAUGCCGACCCGCCCCGGCCCGCUGGACGACACGAGAACCUCCAAGAGAGCUUCUACGCCCCGAUAGGCAGACCGCCGCGCCGCGACCGCACCGAACCGGCACCCCGAAUCGUCCCGCAACCGUCCACAACCUAUCCCGUCCCAUGGCUGUUCUCUCUUAUCUUCGCCCCCUUCCAGCUCGGCUGGAAGCUGUUCGCCAGCCUCUUCCGGCCCAUCUACUACAUCCUGUCCUUCCUGCCGCAGUCGCUGCGGCCCCGCGCCGUUUCAAACUCCAUCACCCGCGGGCUGCGCAAUACAAAUGGGCGAAAGAUGCUCCUGCCGCGGGACUCGGCCGCUCGAUUCAGGCGUGAGUUCGAGGAGGAAUAUGGAUCUCCUGCCGAGGGCACCCCUUCGCUGCCGUGGUUCGAGGGCGGGUUCGCGCAGGCUCAGGACCUGGCCAAGAAGGAGCUCAAGUUCCUGCUCGUGGUGCUCAUGUCCCCCGAGCACGACGAUACGGCGUCCUUUGCCCGCGACGUCCUCCUCGGCCCGGACGUGGCCGCCUUCCUGUCCGACCCAGCCUCGAACAUCGUGCUGUGGGGCGGCAACGUGCUCGAUAGCGAGGCCUACAUCGUCUCGCAGGAGUACAACUGCACCAAGUUCCCCUUCUCCGUGCUCAUCAGCCUGACCCCGAAGGAGGGCAGCACCCGUAUGGGCAUCAUCAAGAGGCUGUCCGGCGCCACCACGCCAGCCGCCUACCUCUCGGGCCUGCGCUCCGCCAUGGACAAGUAUUCCCCAGACCUGGAGGGCCUGCGCGCCGAGCGCGUCGCCCAGGAGACCUCACGCAGCCUGCGGACAGAACAGGACUCGGCGUACGAGCGCUCGUUGGCGCGGGACCGCGAGCGGGCCAGACAAAAGCGUGAGGCGGCCGCGGCGGCCGCGGAAGCAGAGCAGCGCGAGAGAGAGCGUGCCGAACGGGCCGCGGAGCAAGAUCGCAAGCGCCAGCUGUGGCGGCGUUGGCGGGUGACGACCAUCGCGCCGGAGCCGCCGGCGAGCGAGGCGGACGUGGUGCGGCUGGCGCUCAAGAUGCCCGAGGAGACGGGCGCCGGCCGCGUCAUCAGACGGUUCGCGGGCAACACGACGGUCGAGGAGCUGUACGCCUUUGUCGAGUGCUACGGGGUACUGCAGGCGCGGGCUGACGGUGGGGAGGACGAGUCGGAACUGGACGACAAGGGCGCGCCGGAGGGGUACGAGCACGUCUAUAGCUUCCGGCUCGCGAGCCUGCUACCCAGAGAGGUGUUUGAGCCGACCCGGGACAAGACCCUGCGGGAGGUCAUCGGAAAAUCUGGGAACCUGAUCGUCGAGGACGUGUUUGAUGCCGAGGAGGAGGAUGUAGGCGGUAUGGCUGAGGGCGAGCAGCAGGUAUCAUAG